AUUGUGUUCCCAAGGAUGAACAAAAUCAGCAAGGUUAAUGAAGCCACCGUUCCAUCUACUGGCACCAUCACAGGAAAUGGAGGCACAACUGAACGUAAACCACCAAAGCCUGGUGCUCGUCUGGUUCUUCCAGUCAAGCCAGACCUUAGCCUGCUCAAGUCCAUUAAGAAAAAUGCUCAGGAGAGCAAAAGUGAUAAGAAUGGCAGCCCAAACUCUCAAGUGAUUGAGGGACUGCCAGAGAUCAAAGCAGACAAAAAAGAGUCAAUAUCAGGCAUCAAAGAUGGUACAAGUAUACUACAAGUGGCCAAAGGAAAACUUGGUGGAUCGCAAGUAAAUAUCACAAAGUUGACUAUGUCUAAACCUUUGCUUAAUGGUAUAAGUGCGGGACAGAGCAAAGAAGUGGAGAGGAAUCUAAGGAAUUCAGAAGAAGCCGAGACAUGGAGGAAUGGUGUGAUGCAGCCUUCUUAUGAGGAGGAUGCAGACAGAGAAGUGGCAGAACUGAUGGGUGAGGGUCUUUUGCCCUCCGUCAUGGAGCAACACUGGGCUCAGACUCAACAAAUGUGUGGUGAUCCUCAAGACUGGCUACGUUCGGAAAACCUCCUGCCCCAUCAAACGGUGGAAAAGCUUACUAAAUGGACGGUGUAUCAAGAUGAUGAACAUGCCCCCAUCAUUCCAGUCCAUAAUGGCAGGGGCCCAUGGGAAUCUGAAGAUCCGACCCAAAAUAUGCUAGAGGAGAGACUUUACAGCACGCAGGUAAUAAUGCCAGGAAGCAGCCAAGCUGUGGAGGUGGAUGAGGUGGAAGAUUUGGCACAGCUGGAAGAGGUGCGUGAGAGUUCUGUUCUGCUGAAUUUGAAGAAGCGGUUUCAUCGGGAUUCAAUUUAUACAUAUAUCGGUGAUAUGCUGCUGUCCAUCAACCCCUUCAAGCCUCUCUACAUCUACACUGAGGAUCUGAGACAGCAGUACCAGGGUAAAGAAAAGCACAGUAACCCACCUCAUGUAUAUGCCAUAGCAGAUGCUGCCUUUAACCAAUCUCAGAAUACCACCCAGGAGCACUGCAUCAUCAUAAGUGGACAAAGUGGAUCAGGCAAAACAGAGACUGCAAAGCUCAUUGUCCAUUACCUGAGUUCCAUGUAUCAGGGCAGAAAUGAUAAAUUACGCCAGCCAACGGAUGUUUUACCAGUUCUUGAGAGCUUUGGUAAUGCAAAGACCAUACUGAACAACAACUCAAGCCGAUUUGGAAAGUACCUACACAUCCACAUACGCCAUGGUGUUGUUGUUGGGACGUCUUUUUCAAAAUAUCUCCUUGAAAAAUCAAGAAUCGUCUUCCAGGCUAAGGAGGAGAGAAACUACCAUGUGUUUUAUGAACUGCUGGCUGGGAUGAAUGACUGGGACAAGCAGGAACUUUACCUGCAAGGAGCUGAAACAUACUUCUACCUCAACCAGGGCAGGGCUUGUGACCUACAAGGGAAGCAUGACAAGCAAGACUUCCUGCUUUUGGUCCACUGUUUGGAGACCAUUGGUUUACAUGCUGACCAGCUUGUAACAAUUUGGGCCAUUCUGUCAUCGAUCCUGCAGCUGGGCAACAUUUGCUUCAGCUCCUAUGAGAGUGAAUCGUUUGAGGUUGCCCGUAUUUUUAGUGAAGCCGAAGCACGGAGAGUGGGAAACCUCUUGCAGGUGUCUGCCGAGGCCUUACAGACGGUCAUCACACACCGGGUGACUGAAACAACUUAUGAUAGGAUCUACUGCCCUCUAUCCGUGGAAAGUGCCAUUGAAUCCAGAGAUGCCAUUGCCAAGAUGUUGUACUCUGUGCUGUUUGACUGGAUUCUUGAACGCAUCAAUGAGUGGUUGAUCCCCACAGAGAUGGACAGCACUGUUGGAAUUGUGGAUAUAUAUGGCUUCGAGGACCUGAGUGUGAACAGUUUCGAGCAGCUGUGCAUAAACUUUGCCAACGAGCAGCUGCAACAGUUUGUGAACAAAGCUCUGGUGGCCCAAGAGCAGGAGGAAUACAGCGCAGAGCAGAUCCAGUGGUAUCCAAUAAUUCUGGAAGACUCUAAUGGCUGUCUGGAUCUUAUCUCAGCACGGCCGUACGGGAUCCUUCGCAUCCUGGAUGACCAGACUUGCCUUCCUCAAGCUACAGACCACACAUUCUUGCAGAAAUGUCACUAUCACCAUGGCAACAGUCCCUACUACACCAAGCCCAAAAUUCCUCUGCCAGUGUUCACAAUAUAUCACUAUGCAGGAGCUGUCACGUACCAGGUGCACAACUUUCUAAAUAAAAAUCAUGACCAGUUUCGCCCAGAGGUAUUAGAGCUUUUUGCCCGCAGUCGUUUACAGAUGGUGUCGGGUCUCUUCCGGAAGGUUCAAGAGCGUUACGUCCAACAGAAAGAACUGGGAAGAGCAAGAGGUUACCGGAACCAGAUGUCAACUGUAGCUGCUCAUUUCCAGCAGUCACUUAUAGAGCUCACCACUCGUUUGGAGAGGUGUAAAACUACAUUUAUACGAUGCUUUAAGCCAAACUAUGUAAAGCUUCCAGGCAUAUUUGAUGUAGACUACAUAACCACACAGCUAAGGCAUGGAGGGAUACUGGAGACCAUUCACAUACGAAAAGAAGGAUUUCCAAUUCGCAUCCCUUUCGCUCUGUUCAUGGAGAGAUAUGGCGUAUUAUUGGCCCAGAAACCUGCACACCAGUCUUGUAAAGAGCAAGUAGAGACUUUACUGGAGACUAUAGGAGCAGAGGAAGGCCAGUACCAACUAGGACUCACUAAAGUGUUUAUGAAGGAGAGUCUGUACCAGCGGGUGGAGGAGAAAUGGAGUAGCACUCAAACAUGGGCGGCAGUCACCAUCCAGAGGAACAUUCGCGGCUUCAUCUGCCGAAAAAACUUCCGUUUCUUUAAACAGAAGGCUAUUGUCAUCCAGUCCCACAUCAGGGGCCACCAGGCCCGGAAGUACUACAAGAAAUUGAAGCAGUCCUUCACUCAGUUUUGGGCAGCAAUGAUGAUUACCAGAGACACCAUCAAGAAACGUCAUUGGAGGGAGCAUACUGAUAGAACCAGGGUGAAGGAAACAGCAAAACCUACAUCGUCCUCUUCAGAGAUGGAUGUGGGAAUAUUGGAGAUCCCGGCAGAACUGUCGGCCCGAUUACGCAGUGGAGCAGGACGUCCUCAAGGAUCAGGAGUAACAGAAGUAGCUCUGCCACAGGUCAAAGCAGACCACAACCUCUCACUACCCCAAGACAUUGACAGACACCCUUUCUCCAAAUAUGCCAACACAGUCCUCAAGGAUGGAUGGUGCCAAACGCAGGGUUUUCCGCUUCAGAGGCCUUUGACUUCUCUGGACUAUGAUGACGCUCUUACAGCUCUAGAAAUCUACAAACUGAUCCUGCGUUUCACAGGUGACUCUGAUCUGACUGGAUGGCAAGAGCAGAUGUUGGGGAACUACAUCGUGGAGAAGAGCCAAUCACAGCCCAGCAUCAGAGAUGAGAUUCUAGCUCAGCUGGUGUACCACACUUGGGACGGGGAUAAUGAGGAGAGUGUCCUCCGGGGAUGGUUGCUCCUGGCCUGCUGUCUGAGUGCCUUCACACCCUCUCCUGCCCUGGAGAAACCCCUCCUUAAGUAUGUGUCUGACCGAGGUCCAGGGGAGUACCGCUCUCUUUGUCAACACAAGCUCCUCACAUCCCUCCAGCUACCCUCCCCUGCCUGCAGACAACACCCUCCGAGUCAACUCGAGUGGACAGCCAAUCAGAGAAAAGGAAAGAUGGUGGUGGAGGUUAACACUUUCAAUGAGGAAAGGUUGACUGUGGAGGUUGAGUCUUGGACGACAGGGGAACAACUGGCCUCUUGGCUUCUUAGCUACAGGGGUCUGACUGAAGCUACACAGGGCUGGUCUGUGUCUCUGCUGGCUGAGGAGGGUUGGACCGACAUGGCAGGCUGUGACUUUGUAAUGGAUCUCUUGGCUGGAGUGGAGGCUGAUGUGCCCCUCGGUCAUGCACACACUCAAACCGAAUACCUCUUUAGCAACACAAGUGACAGGAUGGGAACUUCAGACCUGGAUGACUUUAUACCUCCAGCUCCCCCUAUGCAAGCCCCUGGUCUCCCACCCUUUGAAGCAUCCCCAUGGGACACCUAUGAACCCUCCUCCACAUCUCAGAGAUCUCGUGGUCGACAGAUGGAUUCUUACGUUGAUGACCUUUUUGAUCCUGUGUUUGAUCAGGGUGCUGGGGACUUUGAGCGGAUGGCCAUGCUGAAUCGUAGAAUGAGAGGUGGAGGAGGUAUGAUGCCCAGCAUGUACGCCGGAGCAGGAAUGCCAAUGAAUCCUGCCAUGGCUGGCUAUGCUGCCGCACCAAUGAUGCCAAACAUGACCAUGAUGCAACAAAUGCAUCCCAUGCAAACUAUGAUGAUGCCAACUGCCAUGCCACAAGCCAUACCGGCUGUCAACACACAGCAAAUGGCUGCUCAGCAACAGGCCUUUAUCAAUCAACAGGCUCUGCUUCUGGCUCAGCAGAUGACCAUGCAGGCAAUGACAAUGUCCCAGAAGCAGCAGCAGGAAGAGAUGCGAAAACGCGAAAAGGAAUCACAGAGACAGUCACCACGUCAGUGGCGGCGCUCUCCUCCACGUGCACGCUCACCCGAAACCAGACCCCGAAGCCACCCCCAGGUAGAAAGAACCAUCCAUCAGACCACCCAAAAAUCCCCAGAGACCCAUCAAAAGCCCGGCAGACCAGAGCCACAGCCUAAGACAGAGUUCCCGGAAGAUCAAGGGUCCUUUCAAGAGAAGAGGGAUUUUUUUCAAAAUAUUGAAGCACGCCCAAAGCCUGCGCCAAAGGUUGCUAAGCCACUGAUAUAUGCCACUCCACCGGUGACCCAACCCAAAUCCCCUCCACCAGUAAAGACUGAAGUGAAGCCACUCCCAGUACCUCCUAACAUCCAAGAACCUGAACCAGAACCAGAAUCUCCAGAACCCACAUCUCCUAAACCAGAACCUACUAGUAAAAUUAGAGAGAUCAUCAAGAAGUACCAGAGCCGGCCCUCUCCAGAACCUAAAGCCUUUGAGCCUGUCAGGGUACCUGCCAAGAACUUUCUAAAGAAAAAUGACCCCAAAGAUGAGGCUCUGGCCAUUCUCAAAUCUCAGGGACCUGUCACUCAACAGAAGCAGAAACAGUGGGAAGAGAAGCCUCCUUCACCCCCACAGCUCCCUGAGUCCCAUGGUCCUCGUCCCAUCUCUAACGAUAUGAAACAGAAGCAGCGUUCACUGGCUGAUCUUUUCAGCUCGCAGCGUCCGCAUGCUCUGCCUCGAGCUCGUGAGCCCAUCCCUCCCCCAUCUCCCAGCAUCCCCAGCCCACCACUGAUGUCUCCACCUGGACCUAAUCAGUUCAACAGGAUGGCUGAGGAGGAGAGUGUUCGCUCCCAACUGCACAGAUUCUCUGCCAGCGUUUACUUUUCCUACCCCAGAAUGCCUGGCAAACUCUUCCUUCGCAAGGAGCUGUUUUAUCCCAGGGAAAAAUUCAACCACCCAUACAUUCUUAAUUUACUCUGUGAGCAGAUCAUGCGAGACACUUACUCAGAUUCUUGUCUGAGGAUUUCACGUGAAGAAAGACGUAAAAUGAAAGACCUUUUGGCGAGUUUCCAUACCAGAACCAGUAUCAGUUCACUAGAUGAUGCUAUGAAGAAAAGAAUUGUCAUGGCAGCAAGAGACAGCUGGUCCAAUUACUUUGCACGUCUCUUUAAUGUCAAGGUGGAGAACGGAGGAGAUUCUCAGAUUCUGGGAGUGUCGCAUCGAGGAAUCCGACUUCUGAAGGUUGCCAGAGCUUCAGGCAUAAACCCUGAACACCUCAGACUACUGCACAGCUACAGUUUUUCACAGGUUUUGUCAGUACAGCAGCAAGGGGCUGGAAAAGUCUUGAUCACUUUGAGUAAUGAGGAGUUGGAACUUCACUCUGAAAAGGCUGCACAGAUCGCUGCUGUGAUUCAUCUCUUCCUCAUGGAGCUGAUUAAGUACUCGGACUAUGUGAUCGCUGUGAAGAGCUAUGUGACAGAUGACAAGAGCUUGCUGACCUUACACAGAGGCGACGUCAUCAAAAUCCUGAACAUGGACGGCCUCAAGGACGGAUGGAUGUUUGGUUCCAGUGGGGGCCGUUCUGGACUCUUCCUGGUGGACGUCACUCAGCCUUGUGCCCCACCAGACUACCACAGCAGCAACAUGGAGCGGCAGCUUGAGCGGAAGAAGAGUAUGAGACUCACCAGCUCUUCCUCCAAUGUACCAGCCAGUGGCCCUGUCACCAACACCCCUGUCAAUGGCCCUGUGACCAACACCCCUGUCAAUGGUUCCAUUUACAAAACCCCUGUUACCCGCUCAGCGUCUAGCAGUGAAUACAGUGUGGAAGUGGGGACCAUCCAGAGAUCUGAAUCAGAACGUCAUAAGCAUAUCAUGACUGAGUUUGCCAAGAAGUUCUUCACAGAUGCUAUCAGCAGAACAAACAAAGACAAAAGUCUUAAUGAGAUGGUGGAAUAUACUCCAAAUCCUAUUCAGGAAUCACUGAUCUUUUUCUCAGACAGCGAUCUCAGUCGUCUGGGUGCUCAAAACUUCAUGUUUUUGAUGCAGUUUAUGUUGGAUCAGCCUAUGAAGAAAAAUCAGACAGAGGGUGACUGUGUUAACUUAAUUUUGCAGCUGGGAAAAGAGAAGGAGUUCCUCAGGGAUGAGAUCUACUGUCAGGUCAUCAAGCAGACUACCAAAAACCCAGUCAAGGAGAACUGUACCCGUGGCUGGCGUUUGUUCAAUCUGGUGACUGGAUUCUUCCCUUGUUCCAACACUCUCCUGCCAUAUUGCACCCGUCACCUGGAGGCCAUCAUUCAUGAUGCCAACCACCCUUUUCAAGAGCUGGCAAAUGUGUGCAUGAAGAAUCUCAAACGGUCACUCAGUUUUGGAGGACGCAGGUACAUCCCUUCCCAUUCAGAGAUGGAGGCCAUUUUGGCUGGGAGGAACUCUCGUCGGCUGCCCAUCAUGCUGCCUGGUGGAAAUGAAACUUCCUGCAAGAUUCGCAGCUUUAGUGUUGCAUUUGAGGUGGUACAAGACUUUUGCACUGAGAUGGGCAUCAUAAAUCCAGCAGAAGUGAAGGAAUUUUCCAUCCAUGCCACUAAGAAAAGAAGUGAUUGGACACGCCCAAUUCACUCUGAUGAGUAUCUGUUUGACUUCCUGCUGGAUGAUGGCUCCAUCUCCCUCUCCUUUCAACGAAUAAUCUGGAAACAGCCGCUCCAGUUCAACAAUGAUCUUUAUGUGGAGUUCCACUACCAGCUGCUUGUGGCUAAUUAUCUGAAAGGGAGGCUGCUGCUGCCCAUGAGCAGCUCUACAAUCUACCAGCAGGUGGCAGAGUUGACCGCUCUUCAACACCUUGCCCUUGGGCUGACUGAUUUACCCUCCAACGCUGAGGUGAAGCAGUACCUUCCCCAGACGGACCGGCUCAACCGCAGUGAUGAAAGACUUCUUGCUGCUAUACGGGCACAGUUUUCUACCUUAGGCCCCUUCGGCCAUCUUGAUGCCAAAGCUCGCUUUAUCAAAAGUGUCAGUUUGCUGCCUUUCUUUGGAUUUGAUGUAUUCACUGCUCAGAAAGUCAGUCAUCGCAGCUGCCCGUCUCCCUCCCUGGUCGCAGUCAGCCAUGAAGUUAUCAAAAUCAUUGAUCCCAAAUCACAGAAUGAAUGUUUGACAAUGUCUCUGGAGGACGUGCAGUCCUUGCGCUCAGUCCGUCCCAAGAAAGACAAGCUGCCAUCGGUUGAGAUCAGCUUUAGUGGCCAAACUCAACCCAAGACUGUCAGCUUCAGUCUAAAGCAGGCGAAAGAGCUGUGCCACACCAUUGCUGUGAUUAUGGAAGAGGUGGUGAAACCCCCCUACAGCAAUGUGUCCAGUCGGACCGGAACCCCACAUUAAACAAGCAACAUAUGCAAAGCUCACCUAAUAACCCAUGACUUACUCUAAAGUUCACAGA